ACCCACUUUUCUCCGUUUACGUUUUUCAUCUCUCUCAGAUCUGAGAAAUGUCUUCUUCUUCUCAAAUCACUCUUCAAUGGCGAUUUCUUCUUCUUCCUCCUCUAUAUGUUUCAACCCCACUCGAUUUCACACAGCUCGACAUAUUUCAUCUCCGUCGCGUCUCUUCCCAGUCACCAGCUUCUCCCCUCGCUCUCUCCGUUUCUCCGACAGACGAUCUCUCCUAUCUUCCUCCGCCUCUCGCCUCCGUCUUUCUCCUCUAUGCGUUCGUGAUUCUCGAGCAGCUGAAGUUACACAACGAUCAUGGGAAGACUCAGUUCUAAAAAGCGAAACCCCGGUGUUAGUAGAAUUCUACACGAGUUGGUGCGGUCCAUGUCGGAUGGUCCACAGGAUAAUAGACGAAAUAGCAGGGGACUAUGCUGGAAAACUAAACUGCUAUCUCCUUAAUGCAGACAAUGACUUGCCGGUGGCUGAAGAGUACGAGAUAAAGGCUGUGCCGGUAGUUCUGCUCUUCAAGAACGGGGAGAAACGAGAGUCAAUCAUGGGUACAAUGCCUAAAGAGUUCUAUAUUUCCGCCAUUGAAAGAGUCUUGAACUCAUGAAGAAGGUAACAAUCGUUGAUGAGAACUCUCACUACCACUUUGAUUAAAAAUAUUGUUGGAAGAUUAUCAUCAUCGCUCCAUUGCGAUAUGGUUGAUGUCUUUGUUUCUUCUUUUAUUCUCUGUGAAUAUAACUGUUGGGUUUGUGGAAAGAUAGCUCAGGAAGUAUUGUGAAUACAUAAAUAUUCCUUCUUCUUAUUGAUGAUUUUAGUGUUCUAUAUUUUCUUUUCUUUGAACUUGUUUUUAUAGUUACUACUGUUGUUGCCUUUAAGAAUUUGUCAAUUCCACCUAUGAACCUUCGGUCCUCGGAUUUCAUUAGACGAAAAGAAGAAGUUUGAUAGAAGUACUGAUUUAGUUUGGUUUUCGUUUCCACGAGACUCAAUCCAGCCGGUUUAGUUUCUGGGGAAUUCGUUUCCACCGACUCAUGUCCCUUAUUCAUUCUCGUCGGUUUAUGU